AUGGGAGAAGAUAAGCAUGAAAAUGAUGAACUUAUUCGUUGGGGAUGGCCAGAAGAUGUUUGGUUUCAUGACUGUGCACAACUGGUCAAGGAAAAUAGUAUCCAAGGUUGCAAACUUAACGAUGUCACUGUUGUAUAUACCAAAUGGGAGAACCUGAAAAAAACCAAUGAUAUGGAUGUUGGCCAAGUAGCCUUUCACAAUAAUAAAGCAGUGCAAAAGAUCGUAGUUGAAAAACGCAAUGGUGAUGUAAUAAAACGACUAAAUAAAACAAAAGAGCAAUGCCAACAUCCUGAUUUAAGAGGUGAACGAGAGAAGCGAGAUAUCCGCAUUAAAAACAAAGAAAAAGCUGUUCUGGCUGCUAAGAAAAAGUCAGAACUUGAGGCACAGAAAGUCCGUGCAGCAGAAGCAGAAAAAAGAUCAUACGAUCGUUUGUUUGUUGAGAGUAAAAUGAGGACAAAUGAAGAUGGCUAUGAUUCAGAUGACUUCAUGUAA